GAAAGUCUUACAUCUCUGUUUUUGUAGGUUCCUGUGUGUGCCUGAUGAGAUGAUGUGACAUUAUGCAGUCUGGACGGAGGGGAGCUCUGGAGGGAACCAACGUGUUGUACUGGCCGUACAAUGGAGGCUACAACCCCUCCACUGACAGGGAGAAAACUCAGCAUGAGAUACAGGAGUAUACAGUGUGGGCCAAUGCCUACCUGGCUGAGAGAGGAGACCUGCCCCCCGUGGGGGAUCUUGUAACAGCCCUGUCUGAUGGCAUAACCCUCAUCAAGUUGGUAGAAGUCAUGGCAGAGCAACAAAUCCCCUACCCUCAUCCUAAACCAACCAGCUGGAUCCAGAGGGUGGAGAACACAACAGCCUGUCUCAGCUUCUGUGGGGAGGGAGGAGUCAUGUUGGAAGGGCUGACAUCUUCAGAUAUUGUGGAUGGGAAAGCAAAAGCCAUUCUUGCUCUGUGUCACGCCCUGAGGAUAAGAUGUGAAGGUGUUGGGAGGUACGCUGUCCGUGCAGUUCCACUAACAUCUAGACACAAACCAUAUCAUCAUUCUGGUGCAAGGUAUGAUGGGAUAGACAGCCGGGGACACGCCCAGGUUCCGCUGGUGACCUGGGAACAAGAAGACAUGGCCAUAUUUGCAUGGGUGAAGUGCAUGUUGGGACACAUGGUGGUGGAUUAUUCGGUCUUUCAGGAUGGGAGUUUGCUCUGCAGACUCGUCAACAAGAUUUGUGAAGGGGACAUUGAGCCAACGGUUUGGAUGGACAAGUCCCAUGCAGACAGGCUGUACGUUGCCAUGGAGACAGUAGAGAGAAAGUUUGGUUUGCCGUGCUUCCUAGAUGUCCAGACUGUGACCAGAGGACAGGGACACGAGUCCCUUAGGGACUAUCUGUCCCAACUUAAGAAGCUGGGAGACAUGCAUAUACAGCAAAAGAAGUGGAGAGAGGAGAAGGAGGCAGAAGCCCGUAGGGAGCGUGAGAGAUGGGAGCGGGUCCACCUGAAGAGGAGGGAGGCUCAGGAGCACAGGAGGAAGCUGGAGGACAUGUUCGACAGGCACAGACAACAGCUGGAGGAGCUGGACACAGCUGUGAAGAGGAAGGAGAUGGAGCUAGCCAAGCAGAUGAACGUCUCCUAUAAUGAGUACAAGAGACUGAAAAGUCCCAGGCCAAAACCUGCUGAGAUAGAUGAGGGAAAAAAUCAGGAGGUUGGGGCAGUUAGACCAAACACCACCACAUCAAUAGGGCAAGGUACAAAAACAGAUAGCAAAGCUUCAAAAGAUACAGCCUCCAAUUCUACAAGUGUGCCAAAACCCAAAUCAGCGAUUCACAAUGUCACAGAUACUCCGGAGAAAUCUGUUGUGGAUGAGCCAGAUAAAGAGUCAGAGGACAGAGAUCACAGUGAGGUCACAAGUUCAACUUCAGGUGAUGACAUAGGGAAAAGCGACGUCACUGACUCCAUGUGGAAUGAAACCCUCAAGAGUUUGUCGAAACUUGCCCUAAGAAGAGAGCAGAAGUCAGUGCUGGCAACCAAACCUUCUAACCUACCAGGGUUGGCUACUGAUCAACAACAACACAGACCUGAAGGUCAGGAUGAUGGCGGGCAAAAUGUUGGCUCCGGACCAGCAAAACAAAUAGGUAGAGAAUCAGGCAGUCAUCUUUCCGCACACAGGGAAAGCGGGAACGAAAGACCCGUCAGCAGCUCUCUGACAUCCGUCUCACCUGCUAGCAACACAGAUGUGAAAGGCAGUGGGCUCGCAGGCUCUGCAAAUACUGGUAACCUACCUACUGGCUACUUCAAAAAUGCAGCCAGGAGAGCACUCUUCUUUGCCUCCCUGUCUCCAGAGCCUGAAGAUCAGCUCAGUGAUGGGUAGAAUGGUCUAAUUGUGGAAAGUAAUGUUAAGUGUUGAUGAUUGUAGAAAAGAAAUGUACCAAAAUAUCUGUAUUUUUACACGCACCUUUUAUAAUGUAGAUUGUUUACUUUAUAGACGUGAUCCUUUUGUAUGUACAUGUAAUUGUGUGGGGCCAAAUGUCCAGAUCAGUGUACACUAGGAAUGUGUACCUAAAUAUACUAUUAGGUACAGGUACAGGUGCAGAGGUCAGGUAUAGGUGAAGAGAGGUGGGUAUAGAGGUCCCUACUUGUAUCUACACCUCAGUACUAUACCUGAGCAAUUUGACAAAGUAACCUGUGGGUUUCAUUGAUAAUGAUGACAGAAAUAUGAAUGUUAACAAACAGUUGAGAGAAUGUUUAUUUAAGCAAGCCUUCCAUUAUCUUAUGCAGAAAACCCAUGCUUUCAAAAGAAUGUGUAAAUAUGUCUUUCAGUACAUUUUUUAUAUGUAAUGUAGAUGUAUUGAGUAGAUUGAUAGUUACGAUGUUCUAUAUCCAGAAUUUUAUAUUGUUUCCACAGAUUAGAUAUAUUGUCGGUAUCCAUUAUUUGUAGGAAGUUUUUGCUACAUUUUCAAAGUGCCAUAUUUUAUAGAGGUGUCCCAGAUGACCACUAUCAGCUGCUUUUAGUGAUUUCAGAAACUUUUAUGGAAUCAGAUGUAUAUAAAUCCAGCAGUGUUGAGUAAAUUGGACAUAA